CAUCAUCGUCCUUCUCUAUACGAUACCACCUAUACCCACCAACCCUCUCCCCCUCCCCAACAGAAGCACCACAACCAAACACCCAAGAACGAAAUAAAGACAGAAAAAAAAUGCUCCCCACCCCCUCCACCUCCCACGUCUCCUUCAGCACCAUCUACGAACCCUCCGAAGACUCAUAUCUAUUCCUCGACACCCUCUCCUCAACAACCGAAUCCACCUGGCUAAAAUCCCACUUCGACACCACCACAACCCCCCCCUCACCCCUAAUCCUCGAAGUAGGCACCGGCUCCGGCGUCGUCCUCGCCUUCCUCACCGCAAACUCCCACCACAUCCUCGGUCGAACAGAUGUUCUUGCUCUCGGAACGGACGUGAAUCGGAAUGCGUGCGUCGCGACAAGACAAACUGUCGUGGGGGCUAUUGAUGAACAACAACAGACCCCCACACCCAGUUCCACAACCACAUCCACAACCUCACCAUUAACAUCAGAAGAAAAGGAACCCAAGGGAACUACAAGAUCAAUAAUAACAUCCACCCUCCUCAGCGACCUCGCAUCCCCUCUCCGCCCCGGAACCAUCGACAUCCUAUUAUUCAACCCGCCAUAUGUACCUACGCCUGACCUACCCGAGAUUCCCACCACAGCAUCCAACCAUGAUAUAUCGGGGCUAUCCAGCAGUGAGAGAUUCGCGCGAGAGUCGUAUUUGCUUUCGUUGACGUAUGCGGGCGGGAAAGAUGGGAUGGAGACUACGGACCGGUUGUUGCGGGAUAUACCCCGGGUGUUGGCGGAGAGGGGAGUGGCGUAUGUGUUGCUUUGUGCGCAGAAUCGGCCGAGGGAGGUGGUGGAGGGGAUUUCGCGGUGGGAGUGUGCUGAGGAGGGGGGGAGGUGGUGUGCUGAGGUGGUUGGGAGUAGUGGGGUGCAGGCGGGGUGGGAGAAGUUGGUUAUUGUGAGGGUUUGGAGGGAGUAUAGUGUUUAG